CCGCCAUUCUGCUAGUGACACCGCUACCAACGCCAUCUCUCGACGCCUUGAGGAAAUAGUCGAUAUUAUAAUUUGUUUCAACGUAUUUUUUUUGUUGUAAAAAUGUUCAAGAUUACUGCUAUCGUUUCAUUAUUGCUUAUUGGCAGCACACUCUGGGCAGCCAGUCUAUCAUGUGACUCGUGCGGCAGUGAGUGUGCAUCUGCGUGCGGCACCAGACACUUCAGGUCCUGCUGCUUCAACUAUCUUCGGAAGAAACGGGGACCUGACACCGUGAAGUUUUUGGCACCAAAUCAAGAAAAUAUGAAGGAAACGCAGCCUCGAUCCAAACUACCAAUGUUUGUGGUUGAAAACAUCCCAGUACCAGAACAAUGGAUCUCCAACCUGCUCUCUAACGAGAACCAUCCUUACUCAAUAGAAGAUAUGGUCGAAAAUCGAAUGUACGACGCUUAAAUAUUUAAUUCUCUAAAAACUGCAAUACCGUUUGAAAAUACUUUUUUUAUAUAUUUUUCUUGUUGGAUUCUGGCUGUUUUGUGCAAAUAUCUACUUUAUUUCAUGAGCUAUUUGAUUUAUUUUUGAAUGACACUGAUUUAUUUGACAGAUAUUUGAAUUAGUUUUCUCGUUGCCCCAAUAGAUGGCGUAAUGUUAUCGUGUUUUUAUUCAUUUAUUAUAAUCUUUUAAUCGAAAUAAAAUACUCUAAUAUUUAAAAAAUAUAAUCCCAUUAAUAAAUCUAAUUGGAAACGCGUUCCCUUAUUAUUAGAUGUUGGUUAACCUAUAAUUGGCGACUGUACAAGUCCAAAUCUGAUAUGUAUUUACUGCACUUAAUAUUCUUUAUACAGAAGCUUUUGGUAAACCUUUAUUAAUAAAUAAAUAAAAGAAAUAAGUAAGCCAUGUCACUAAAGAAAUUACGACACUAAACUUCAUAUUUUGCUUUAAAUUGUCAAUAGUACGAUAUUAAAAAAAAGAUAUUUUAAAACCUCUUUUUUGGGCCCCCUUUCUCAUAACUUUGAUGAGGACAAUUUCUUCAACGUUUUAAGUUAGUUUUUAUAUAAUUUCCUAAUUUUUUUGUGUCUUUAUAUAACAUUAAAAUUUUUGAGCAGUCAAUAUUUUAGCCUUACGUAUUAUUAUAAUUUUUUUUCUGGUAUUUUUUAUAAUAUUAUUCUUUAUUUGUUGAAAAAUAUAUUCAAAUGUAUUUUCAAACUCCUGUCAAUUUAUAAAAAAAAAUAUGAUUUACUUAAAACAAACGUAUCAUAAAUAAAAU